CUCGAAUACUCAAAAAACAUGAAAGGGGCACGUGUUGAGAAGAAAACCCAUUUGGUGAAUGCUGCUGGUGAGGCUGAUACGGCGGUGGAAACUGCGCCAAAGCUGCCUCAAGAGUUUUACGAAGUCGAAGCUAUUCGUAGUAAGCGAUUUCACAAAGGAAAGGUCCAGUAUCUGAUUAAAUGGCGUAACUGGCCAGAAACUACUAACACAUGGGAGCCUUUAAAGAAUCUAGAGACCAUUCCUGCUGCCAUAAAGGCAUACGAAAAAAGUUUGAGGAAGGCUAGUAAGAAGCGCAAGGGAAACUCUGGAGGUUCUUCUUCUCAGUGUAAGAAGAAGAAGGAGCAGCAGCGUGUAACAUCUACACCAGUUGUUGCACCUAACAGUGGGAGUGUUGGGGAGGAGCAAGAGUAUGAUCCGACACUCAACGAGCUAAGGGGACCACCAGUUGUUAACAGUAACGGUGCAGGUGGAGGCAUUGGUUCUAAGGGUGAUGAUGGCCUUCUCAAGGUUAAGAAGGUUGAUAAGAAGUAUCUCCGAGGUGCUAAGCGUAGGAAGUCUGGUAUGGUGAGAAGAUACAUACCAAAUGAAACCACAAGUAACAACAACGAGAACCAGACACCAGCUACCGAGCAGAACCAGACACCAGCUACAGAGCAGAACCAGACACAAGCUACCGAGCAGAACCCUUUUGACUUUCCAGCACCGGGCAGUUGUGACCUGCCUAAGAAGGAGGAGGAAGUAGCCAUCGUGAGGGUCAUCAGGCCAGUGGGGGUUUCUACUUAUAAGACAAACAAUGCAGUAGACGCGUUGGUAACUUUCUCGGCGCUGAGGUCUGAUGGGGUGGAAGUAACGGUUGACAACCAGUUUCUCAGGGUCUACAAUCCUCAACUGCUGCUUGAUUUCUAUGAGCAAAACAUCAAGUACAAGACCGAAGGCGAAGAAAAUGUGGUGUAAACAGUGGUGCUUGUAGGUAGAAAUAAGAUUAGAUGUGCAGAGUGGAUGUAGUGGCAAGUUGUUAUGAGUUCACUUUCUGUUACAGAAAAUCUUGUCUCUUGGACUUUUUACAUUUCUUUUAAGCGAAUAGUUUGUUUAUGUUUCGUUGAUGUUACUCAAAGUUGAACCUGUUGGGAUUUGGUUCCCCCUUAUACAAGAAUUCAGUUUCAUUUUCAUAUAUUUAUUCUUUUCAGAA